AUGAUGGUUGACCAAGAAACUCAUAGUCGCUCUUGCUUACGUGCAUCUGAGAGUCCCGGUGCAUCAGUACAAAAUCACCGACUGAAAAUUACACUUUGUCCCUUCUUUUUUGUUCACAGCGUUGAGAGGCGAAAAUGUUUGGAAUCGCAAAGAAGCGGCGCUGGUUCAGAUGAUAUCACGGAGCCAUCACUGUGGUAUCAUAAUUUGAUUGGCUAUGUGUUUGACAAUAGUGAAGAAAGAGGAGCAUUCGAUUCUUUGGAAAGCGAAGAUGUUCAAGAACAAGAUAUAACAUUGAUGAUGAGGAUGCCUUAG